GCCCAUAUUCCUCUUCGCAGCAGUCAGUUGGGAGCUGGAGGGAGGGAGAGAGGGAGACGGAGCCAGCGAGAAACAGGAGAGGAUCAGAGCGCCCUCCGCCCAAGGCACCCUCCCUCCGUCCGUGCACAGGCACCGUCGCUUGGAGGAGCAAGGCGCCUCCAGCCCGCAAGGGCGCAGCGCACGAGCCCGCGGUCUCUUCGGGGGCUUUGCCGGGGGACUGCACCUGGAGGCGGCCCCGGACGGGGAUGGUAAGCGGCUGCCGCCGUCUGACACGCAAGUGGGACGCGGUGAGGGCACCAUGGCGCUGACACCCGGGAGGCGGCCCUCGGCGCAGCUUGUCCGGCCCGAGCUCUGGCUGCUGCUGUGGGCAGCCGCGUGGCGCCUGGGUGCCACGGCGUGCCCCGCCCUCUGCACCUGUACCGGCACCACGGUGGACUGCCACGGCACGGGGCUGCAGGCCAUCCCCAAGAACAUCGCACGGAACACGGAGCGCCUGGAACUCAACGGCAACAACAUCACUCGGAUCCACAAGAACGACUUUGCAGGGCUCAAGCAACUGCGGGUGCUGCAGCUGAUGGAGAACCAGAUUGGCGCAGUGGAGCGAGGGGCUUUUGAUGACAUGAAGGAGCUGGAGAGGCUGCGACUAAACCGGAACCAGCUGCACCUGUUACCAGAACUGCUGUUCCAGAAUAACCAGGCUCUGUUAAGACUGGACCUGAGUGAGAAUAACAUCCAGGCCAUCCCUAGGAAAGCUUUUCGUGGAGCUACAGACCUAAAAAAUUUACAGCUGGACAAGAACCAGAUCAGCUGCAUCGAGGAAGGGGCCUUCCGGGCUCUGCGGGGGCUGGAGGUGCUGACACUGAACAACAACAACAUCAGCACCAUUCCCAUGUCCAGCUUCAACCACAUGCCCAAGCUGCGGACUUUCCGCCUGCACUCCAACCACCUGUUCUGUGACUGCCACCUGGCUUGGCUCUCGCAGUGGCUGAGGCAGCGGCCAACCAUCGGGCUAUUCACCCAGUGUUCAGGCCCCGCCAGCUUGCGUGGCCUCAAUGUGGCUGAGGUCCAGAAGAGUGAGUUCAGCUGCUCAGGCCAGGGGGAGGCGGGGCGCGUGCCUGCCUGCGUUCUCUCCUCCGGCUCCUGCCCAGCUGUGUGCACCUGCAGCAAUGGCAUCGUGGACUGUCGCGGCAAAGGCCUCACUGCCAUCCCGGCCAACCUGCCCGAGGCCAUGACGGAGAUCCGCCUGGAGCUCAAUGGAAUCAAGUCCAUCCCCCCGGGAGCCUUCUCUCCCUACAGGAAGCUGCGGAGGAUAGACCUGAGCAACAACCAGAUCGCGGAGAUCGCGCCCGACGCCUUCCAGGGCCUCCGCUCCCUGAACUCGCUGGUUCUCUAUGGGAACAAGAUCACAGAUCUCCCCCGGGGUGUGUUUGGAGGCCUGUACACCCUACAGCUUUUGCUCCUGAACGCCAACAAGAUCAACUGUAUCCGGCCCGAUGCCUUCCAGGAUCUGCAGAACCUGUCGCUGCUCUCCCUCUAUGACAACAAGAUCCAGAGUCUCGCCAAGGGCACCUUCACCUCCCUGCGGGCCAUCCAGACACUGCAUCUGGCUCAGAACCCGUUCAUCUGCGACUGUAACCUCAAGUGGCUGGCAGACUUUCUGCGCACCAACCCCAUCGAGACAAGCGGGGCCCGGUGUGCCAGCCCCCGGCGCCUCGCCAACAAACGCAUCGGCCAGAUCAAGAGCAAGAAGUUCCGUUGUUCAGCUAAAGAGCAGUACUUCAUUCCAGGCACAGAGGACUACCAGCUGAACAGCGAGUGCAACAGUGACGUGGUCUGUCCGCACAAGUGCCGCUGCGAGGCCAGUGUGGUGGAGUGCUCCAGCCUGAAGCUCACCAAGAUCCCUGAGCGCAUCCCCCAGUCCACGGCCGAGCUACGGCUGAACAACAAUGAAAUUUCCCUCCUGGAGGCCACUGGGAUGUUCAAAAAACUUACACAUCUGAAGAAAAUCAACCUAAGCAACAAUAAGGUGUCGGAGAUUGAAGACGGAGCCUUUGAGGGUGCAGCAUCGGUGAGCGAGCUGCACCUGACCGCCAACCAGCUGGAGUCCAUCCGCAGCGCCAUGUUCCGGGGCCUGGAUGGCUUGAGGACUCUGAUGCUGAGGAACAACCGGAUCAGCUGCGUCCACAACGACAGCUUCACGGGCCUGCGCAACGUCCGGCUCCUCUCGCUUUAUGACAACCAGAUCACCACCAUCUCCCCGGGGGCCUUCGACACCCUCCAGUCCCUCUCCACGCUGAACCUUCUCGCCAACCCUUUCAACUGCAACUGCCAGCUAGCUUGGCUGGGUGACUGGCUGCGGAGGAGGAAGAUCGUGACCGGGAACCCGCGAUGCCAGAACCCAGACUUCUUGCGGCAGAUUCCCCUGCAGGACGUGGCCUUCCCUGACUUCAGGUGUGAGGAAGGCCAGGAGGAGGGGGGCUGCUUGCCCCGCCCACAGUGCCCCCAGGAGUGCACCUGCCUGGACACCGUGGUCCGAUGCAGCAACAAGCACCUUCGGGCCCUGCCCAAGGGCAUCCCGAAGAAUGUCACAGAGCUCUAUUUGGACGGGAACCAGUUCACGCUGGUUCCAGGACAGCUGUGCACCUUCAAGUACCUGCAGCUUGUGGAUCUGAGUAACAACAAGAUCAGUUCCUUAAGCAAUUCCUCCUUCACCAACAUGAGCCAGCUCACCACUCUGAUCCUCAGCUACAACGCCCUGCACUGCAUCCCUCCCCUGGCCUUCCAGGGGCUGCGCUCCCUGCGCCUGCUGUCCCUGCACGGCAAUGACAUCUCCACCCUCCAAGAGGGCAUCUUUGCAGACGUGACCUCCCUGUCACACCUGGCCAUUGGCGCCAACCCCUUGUACUGCGACUGCCACCUCCGCUGGCUGUCCGGCUGGGUGAAGACAGGCUACAAAGAGCCAGGCAUUGCCCGCUGUGCUGGGCCCCCAGACAUGGAGGGCAAGCUGCUCCUCACCACGCCUGCCAAGAAGUUUGAAUGCCAAGGUCCCCCCACACUGGCUGUGCGGGCCAAGUGUGACCCCUGCUUGUCCAGCCCGUGCCAGAACCAGGGCACCUGCCACAACGACCCUGUUGAGGUUUACAGGUGCACCUGCCCCAGUGGCCACCAGGGCCGAGACUGCGAGGUGUCCCUGGACAGCUGUUCCAGCAGCCCCUGCGAGAACAGUGGGACCUGCCUUGCUGGGGAGGGCGAGGAUGCCAGCUUCACGUGCUCCUGCCCCACCGGCUUUGAGGGACCAACCUGUGGGGUGAACUCGGACAACUGUGUGGAGCAUGCGUGUGCCAAUGGGGGCGUCUGUGUGGACGGGCUGGGCAACUACACCUGCCAGUGCCCCCUGCAGUAUGUGGGAAGGAACUGUGAGCAGCUGGUGGACUUCUGCUCCUCGGAUUUGAACCCGUGCCAGCAUGGGGCCCAGUGUGUGAGCACCCCGGACGGGCCCAGGUGUGAGUGUGCUCCAGGUUACACAGGGGACAACUGCAGUGAGAACCAGGAUGACUGCAGGGAUCACGGCUGCCAGAACGGGGCCCGGUGCGUGGACGAGGUCAACGGUUACUCCUGCCUCUGUGCCGAGGGCUACAGUGGACAGCUCUGUGAGACCCCUCCCCACCCGCCUGCCCCCAGGAGCCCCUGCGAGGGGACUGAAUGCCAGAACGGGGCCCACUGUGUGGACCAGGGCAGCCGGCCCGUGUGCCAGUGCCUCCCGGGCUUCGGCGGCCCCGAGUGUGAGAAGUUGCUCAGUGUUAACUUCGUGGACCGGGACACUUACCUGCAGUUCACUGACCUGCAGAACUGGCCACGGGCCAACAUCACGCUGCAGGUCUCCACAGCUGAGGACAAUGGGAUUCUGCUGUACAACGGGGACAAUGACCACAUCGCGGUUGAGCUGUACCAGGGCCACGUGCGUGUCAGCUAUGACCCAGGCAGCUACCCCAGCUCUGCCAUCUACAGUGCCGAGACAAUCAACGAUGGGCAGUUCCAUACCGUUGAGCUGGUCACCUUUGACCAGAUGGUGAAUCUCUCCAUCGAUGGUGGCAGCCCCAUGACCAUGGACAACUUCGGCAAACACUACACACUCAACAGUGAGGCCCCCCUCUAUGUGGGAGGGAUGCCCGUGGACAUGAACUCGGCCGCCUUCCGCCUAUGGCAGGUCCUUAAUGGCACCAGCUUCCACGGUUGCAUCCGAAACCUGUACAUCAACAAUGAGCUGCAGGACUUCACCAAGACGCAGAUGAAGCCGGGUGUGGUGCCAGGCUGUGAGCCCUGCCGCAAGCUCUACUGCCUGCACGGCAUCUGCCAGCCUGAUGCCAGCCCGGGGCCCGUGUGCCACUGCGAGGCUGGCUGGGGGGGCCUGCACUGCGACCAGCCAGCUGAUGGCCCCUGCCAUGGCCACAAGUGUGUCCAUGGGAAAUGUGUGCCCCUCGAUGCUCUUUCCUACAGCUGCCAGUGCCAGGAUGGGUACUCGGGGGCCCUGUGCAACAAGGCCAGGGCACCGGCAGACCCCUGCGGGGGCCUGCGGUGCCUCCACGGCCACUGCCAGGCCUCGGCUGCCAAGGGGGCGCACUGUGUGUGCGACCUGGGCUUUUCGGGAGAGCUGUGUGAGCAAGGGUCCGAGUGCCGGGGGGACCCUGUCCGGGACUUUCACCAGGUCCAGAGGGGCUAUGCCAUCUGCCAGACCACGCGCCCCCUGUCGUGGGUCGAGUGCCGGGGCUCAUGCCGGGGCCAGGGCUGCUGCCAGGGCCUGCGGCUGAAGCGGAGGAAGUUCACCUUCGAGUGCAGCGACGGGACCUCUUUUGCUGAGGAGGUGGAGAAGCCCACCAAAUGUGGCUGUGCCCUCUGCGCGUAGCCCCCAGCGUGGACGGGGAUGGGGUGGGGUGAGGGCGGGAGGGGGGACACGGCCACAGCAGAGACCGAGGUGCCAUCACCUGGACAGCUCCUGGGCACGUGGGAGCUGGGCCAGAGGGCACCCUGGCCGCGGCCCUCCGAGGUGCCAGGGCAGCCUUUCUAAAGCAAAUGGUGCUGCGGCUGGAGCUGCAGACUGCUCUCUUGGGAAGUGCCUUGCACAGAUAGGCGCUUAAUAAAUACUUGUUGAAUGAAUGUGUGCAUGAGGUUGGGCUGAGACGUACAGAAUGGAGGUGUCUCUCCUGGCCCACUACCGGGAUCUGGAGAGCGGUCCCCUUCCCAAACCAGCCCUUUCCCUCUCACCUGUGGCCCAUUCUGACCUGAAACUGGGUCCCAGCCUCUUGCCAGUCUGUGGAUAGCCUUGGAAGUACUCUCAGCCUACCCUGGGGCAGCCAGCCUGGCUCUCAGGGUCAUCCUGCUGCUGCCAGGAGGCCAGGCUGUGGAUGGGCAGGGCCUCCUCCUGCUGGCCAGGAAGGGACUGACCCUUGCUCCAUGGGCUGACGGGCAGCGCUGCAGCUACUGCUAGGGAAGAAGGCUAGGGGUAGGGGUGGUUCUUGGGACCAGGCCUCUGAAUCCUGAAGUAAGUUAUGAGAUGACCACUGUAGCUUUGAGAAGGGGGGCUCAUGUGGGUUGCUUGGGGUUGGGGUCCCAUCAAAGAGGGCAGGGGAGUUCGUGAUUCCAUCUGAAUAAGUAUCACUAGCUUCCCGACACAAGGCAAGCAGAAGGGGUGUUAGUCCUGGGCUUCCCCAGCCUCCAACCGGCCACCAGCUGCUGAAGAGCCACCGACAAAGGGGUGGGGCCACUGGGGACUGGGCUCAGAACCCCAGACACUGCAGACCAGUAGGGCACAGUGUCCAGACUCCUGGUCCUGUCUCCAUUUACCCUGUCACUUUGGGCAACCUUUCCUUGGGCCUCAGUUUCCUCAGCUACAAAAUGGGGAGGGAGGCUGGAGAAGAAUGCGUUAGAAGACCCACAUCAACAAGGAUUUCUGUGCAUGAAUUGGGGCUGGGUGUUGUGGGUGUUCUGCCCUUACGGACUCAUGGGAACUACUAAUCACAGAGCAUCGCAGGGCCGAGCAGAAUGCUUGGGAAGAUAGUGGUGCUGAGUGGCAGCUCCAGCCAUAGACGCUGGCCCAGGUGUGUUGCUUCUGCCCUAGGCGUUGCAAUGAAGGAUUCAGUGUUUCAAGUCACUGACUACUUGAGCAUCUGACUACAAAUGCUUCUCUUCCACACAGAAUGAAAAUGCAAAGAUUAUUUUUGAGCUGGCUGGAGGGAAAAAAGGUCACACACUUCUUUCCCAGAUGUCUCCCCAAGAGUGUGUGCCCCUGGGUCAUCCUAGUGGCAAGGGGAGUGGGCAUGUUCCUUUCCUGGUUCCCUCCAUCUGCAAAGAGAAGGCAAGGUUGGGGAAGUGUGUUUUAGGGGAUUGGAGUGGUGCUGUGCCUGUGUCCCCAAUGUGGGUGGCGAGGGGAGCCCUUGAUGCUGAUAGGAAAGGGUUUGAGCCUUCUGCAACUAUGGGAGCCUGGUGUGCUCCAUUCCACCAGAAUCCAACGGGCAGAGUGCCCCACCCUGCGCAACUACUGAACUGUCCUCGUGGUUGAAUAUACCCCUCACCAAGGGGCCAGACUCUAUUUUCUUACAGCUCUGAGAAAGGCCUUGGUGGCCCAUACAGUAGUUUCGUGUGUCCGGCCUCCAGUGGACAGGAGCCUGGGCCUUGCAGGCUUCUCCUGGGGCUUCAUGGCAUCCUUCCCUUAGACUCUGAGCCACUAUGGGACUCUGGAAAACCGCUAGCACCAGGCUGGAUAGUGAAGAAAACCUCAAGUGCAGCUAGCCUGCCCUUCCCCCAAGGAAAGGUGUUCUGGGACAUGCAACCCUGAGAUACAUACCUUCUCCAGCCACCACCAUUCCCCGCUGGCCUGGAGAAGCAACUUUCUGAGCCUGAGGAACACUGACUGGUAGGAAGCAUUAACUUUGCUCUGCAGAAAGUGGAAAGGGCACAUGUAGACAGGUGAGGGCUGCUAGGAGUCCUGCAUUCCCCCCCUACGUCCCUCACCCAAGGCAAAGGGAUUGGGAGGUCAGAAGAUGGCAUGUUCGUUCCCAGGGAGUAUGCUUGUAAGCCUACUGCCACCCAUACCACCAGUUGUCCCCCAACCCGUCACCACCAGCACCCCCAGCACAGCUCUAUGCUCAGUCCUCAGGUGAGUCAGAGGAUUGGGAUCCACCACAAGAGUGAGGCCAGCAAGGGGCCAAGAGUGUGUGCCCGGAUCACCUUUUCCUCCACCUUACCCAUCAGUCUGCAAGUUGCUAAGUGAAUCAUCACUCAACGUUGCCUGCUCACAUUUGGGCUUGUUGACAGUCACAAAGAAGGCUGCUAUGGAACCGUCCCAUGGAGAAAUCACCUCCACACCUUGCAACCCCUUUGGUAAAGACCUUUCGUUUGCUUUGAUGUCGCCAUUGGCCAUUUCCAUCGAACAUGCACUGAAGAGACACAAGCAGGGAAGUCCUGAGGGAGCUGUUGCUUUGGCAGCUGACAGCAGUGUCCUGGGACUCCCUUGUGAAGGUGUCAGGACAUGGAAAAGGCUGGACUUUGUCUUCUCUUUGCCUGCUGUUAGCCUAACCACAAAAGUAUCUCUUUAUACAGAAUACUUACAGAUUCUAAUAUAUAUUUGUAUUUCAUUUUGUUAUAGUAUUUUUAUACGUUAAAGGUCAACAUCCAGUGUCUUGUUUUGAUUUUCAGAUGCUAUGAUGUGGUUGUGAUACUUGUUUGGGAUGGAGUCUUUUUAAAGAGACUGGUUUAGAACAAGCCCAUGAGGGAGUCACAGCUGUCCUUUCCCUAGAAGCAGUAUUGUUUUAGAACAUGUUGGAUAUUGUCUGGUGUCUUCCA